CAUCUGUGCGCGGAGACGAUCUUUGUCCUCGUGCAUCUGUGAACGCGUCCGUGUGAAAAUCUUCUCCCGGAGAUUUGAGCCGUUUUCCCGCUGCUCCUUCUCUCACCUGCCGCCGCGGCUCCGGCUCGGUCCCGGGUCUCCGCGAGUCUGGAUCCAGUGACCCGGGUUUUUGGAGUGUCUUCCUACCGCAGUGAAGCAUGAUGGGAGGAAACAGAUGGACGAGGCGGUCGUGGGCCGACAAGUGACACACACACACACACACACACACACACAAUGGACCAAGGCUUCAGUUUAAAUUCACUGAAGAAGUUGGCGGCAGAACCAGACUACACCGAUGUGUCGCUGGCGGCGGCAGAGCGUGUUCGUGCGCUGGGGAAGAUGGGAAGCAGCGUGGAGAUCAACGAAGACAUCGAGCCGUGGCGCUACAUCCGCUCCGGUGUGGAGAUGGAGCGCAUGGCGGCAGUUUACCUGGAGGAGGGCAGUCUGGAGAACGCCUACGUCCUCUACAACAAGUUCAUCACUCUGUUUGUAGAGAAACUGCCGAGUCACAAGGAUUAUCAGCUGUGCAGCGUCCCCGAGAAGCAGCUCAUCAUGAAGAAACUUCAGGACGUGGCGUUUCCUCGUAAAGACGAGCUGAAGAAACGUCUGGAGGAGAAAUACAGCAGAGAACACAGCGACUUCCUCACAGCUCAGAGCCAGGCCAGGGUGGUUGAUGGGCGUGGCCAGCAGCACAGGUCCCUCUUGGACGAGGACAGAAGGCGACACCUGCUGGUGGAGGGGGAGCGGCAGCGCGUGGCCGCUCAGCGACAGAUGCAGAUCGAGUCAGAACAGUUUCGCUACUUCGAGGAUCAGCUGAGGAGGCAGGACCUGGCCAAUAAGAGAGACCAGGAGGCGGAGCCAAAGGUGGACACCAAAGUGCCUGAGGUGACAGACGGCUCCUGUCUGUCCCGUCAGCCAAUCAGAGGUGGCGUUCGAUCCCAGGGGGUGGAGCCUAACAGAAACAGAGCUCCUGCUCACAUCAGCCGACCAGGAGUCCACACUCAGAGGGUGGAGGGUCUGAGGCGGGUGGUGAUUCCCAGAGAUCUCACUUAUCGUUUCCUGCUGCUGGCUAACGCUAACACUGUCAGAGGAGUCGAGACCUGCGGCGUCCUCUGUGGACGACUGACACAUAAUGAGUUUUUGCUGAGUCAUGUUGUGAUCCCCAAACAGUCGUCAGGUCCAGAUUUCUGUGACAUGGAGAACGUGGAGGAACUGUUCAGUUUCCAGGACCAACACAACCUGCUGACGCUGGGCUGGAUCCAUACUCAUCCCACACAGACCGCCUUCCUCUCCAGCGUUGAUCUUCACACUCACUGCUCGUAUCAGCUGAUGUUGCCGGAGGCCGUCGCCAUCGUCUGCGCUCCCAAACACAACGACACCGGCGUGUUCAGACUGAGCGGUUCUGGGAUGUCGGAGGUUUCCGGCUGCAGACUCAAAGGUUUCCACCCUCACUCUAAGGAGCCUCCUCUCUUCUCUGUGUGUAAACAUGUCGUGGUGAGGGAGUCAAAGGUCAUUCUGCUGGACCUCAGGUGACAGACAGGAGGUGCUGUGGCUCAGCAGUGAACCAGGAAGUGACUCAGUGCCUUCUCAUGACAUGAGUGUUUGAUCUGGUGAAGAAGAAGAAAAGAAACUUGUCCUGUUACUGUGAAACUUUUAUUUUGAAAUCCUGAGCUCUGGACUGGGAUUGGUGGAGGAGGGUCCAGGUCACACCUGCUGACUGUGACAUCAUUUUCAGUCAAAAACACUGGACUCAGAGGGAGUGUUUCCUGUUUCUCACGUUUAUUUCACAAUAAAUGUUUACAUUUUAAAUAAAGUAAAUAAAAGAA